UAUAAACAGGCCUCCAUAACAUGAUGCUCCAGGUUUCCUGCUUUGACCCGCUGUGGAUUUUUACAUCUCCUGCUGGUUGUUCUGCCUGACUGGAACCAAACAUGACUUUCUACAGACACUCGGGCCCCAGGAGUUACCUCACCUCCACCAUGACCGACCGCUUCGACUGCUACUACUGCCGCGACAACCUGCACGGGAAGAAGUACGUGAAGAAGGACGAGAAGCACGUGUGCACCAAGUGCUUCGACAAGCUCUGCGCCAACACCUGCGCCGAGUGCAGGCGCCCUAUCGGAGCCGACGCAAAGGAGCUGCACCACAAGAAUCGCUACUGGCACGAGGAUUGUUUCCGCUGCGCCAAAUGCUACAAGCCGCUGGCCAGCGAGCCGUUCAACGCCCGGGACGACGGCAAGAUCAUGUGUGGCAAGUGUGGGUCGAGGGAGGACGGAAACCGCUGCCAGGGCUGCUACAAGGUGGUGAUGCCAGGRGCCAAGAAUGUGGAGUACAAGGGCAAGAUGUGGCACGAGGAAUGCUUCAAGUGCUUUGAAUGCAAUCAGCCAAUCCGUACGCAGAGCUUCGUUACCAAAGGUGAUGACAUCUACUGCCCUCCAUGCCACGAAAAGAAGUUUGCCAAGAAGUGCUUCCACUGCAAGCAGCCCAUCACCUCUGGAGGGAUCAGCUACCAGGACCAGCCCUGGCACUCSGAGUGCUUUGUGUGCCAAACCUGCCGCAAACCUCUGGCAGGGACUCGCUUCACCUCCCACGAGAACCACGUUUACUGCGUGGACUGCUACAAAACCGACGUGGCCAAGAAGUGCAACGGCUGCAAGAACCCAAUCACAGGGUUUGGCCAUGGAACCAACGUGGUGAAUUACGAGGGACUUGCCUGGCACGAGUACUGCUUCACCUGCAAGAAAUGCAGCCUCUCUCUGGCCAACAAGCGCUUCGUCCUCAACGGAGACAACAUCUACUGCCCCGACUGCGCUAAGAAGCUGUAAACAGCAWCUGAAAUCAGUUUUAAAGCAAAAGUGAUGCUUAAGAGUCACUUUGAGUUCAGCUUUGAUUUAAAAAUAUAAUAUAACUCUUUAUUAGCGUGCAUGCAGCGUUCUGCAGUAGCUGUCAGUGACUGAAGUCUGAUUUCUAAUGUAGAAUGUUUUUAGUGAGAUUUUGUUUUCCUAUAAUCUGUUUCAAGAUUUGUUUUGUUUUUUCUGUUUCGUGCCUUACUGGAACWUUUCCUUGGUUAAAUACUGCUUCUCGAACAGCUUCCAUUAUAAUCCGUCACAUCUGUUUCAAAACAAGCAUGUAUUCAAAACCUGUUUGAUGCAAAACAAUAAAGAAAAGUGAUAGGAAACUGAA